UGGAAUUAGUAUAUCAACUCUUCAAUAUAUGAGAGGAAAAUAUAUUGACAAGGAAGAGUAUUUAUAUUUUCAUGGAAUAUGCAAGGGAACAUGGAUCCAAUGCACAAAAAAAAAAGCAAAACAAAGCGGAGCUGAAAAGUGAAAACUGAAAAGAAAGGAAGGUUUUUAUUCCUCCCACACCGGAAUUUUAGUUUAUAAUUUCCUUCUUAAUAAAUGGCCAGUUCUCAGAUUAGUUCGCCGAGCUCGGUAACGCGGGCUUGUCACCCAAGUGGGGGCUAUGAGGUGGUGGAACGUUGGGCAGGUCUCGAAGGUUGGACCGAAGAAUAUAUUAUUUGGGCUGCCCUUGCCAAGCUGGGAUUUGGGCCGAGGUUCUUGUACGGAAGUAUGGGAGUCUGGUCCGUUAAAAUGGAGGGCAAUGCGUGAGGCUGGUUUCACAGAGCAGCGAAAACAUCUUCUUCUCAGCAGUGGAAGGAUAACAGCCCAAUAUCUUCUAGGCCCAAAAACUGCUUGUCGGGCUUCCCAAUUUGGACCAUCUCCUUUUGUUCUUUUUUUCUCAUUUUAAAAAAAUGUCUAACCUCCAAAAUAAAAUAUUAUUCCGCGCAUAUUAUGAAAAUA